AUGACGGGUGGAAAAUCCCUCAAUCUAUGGCUAUCGUUCUCCAAUGUCCAGUUUCGGCUACUGCAAUCAUGCCGUCUGCUGCACCGUCGCUGCCUGCUUCUCCCCGCUUUCAUGUGGAUGAUGUUCGCAUGGACUAGCACUCCUAUGAUGCUGUUGGGUCUUGCAUGGCUGAUCCUGCACGGCCGAGUCGGUCUCGGCACCUGCCAGCUGUCGUAUUGA